AUGGACAUCUCGUCUCCUGUCUCUUCGCGUGCGGCAAUGCAAUUCAGAGCCGAGCGUACUGAACUUCCGGAAACACCACUACAAUCGAGACAAGACAAGGGCAAAGGCAAGGCUACUGAGAUGGCGCCACCUCCACGGUUGCCCACGCCGGACUCCGAGGAAACACACUCCCCACCUCAUCAACCUACGGAAAGUGACGUCGGAAGGAUUGUCUACGCUUACCUUCGCGAACUUGGGCUGGAUCUAAUAAACCCGCAAAAGAGUUUGGCGAAAGCCUUCGAUGCUCUAAGGAAAGAAAUGGAUGAGCCUCUAGACCUCAAGAAGUGGUGCUUGCCGGCAAGAUUCGACAAAGAAGGGACAGAAGUUCCGUUCAGUGGCAAGCCAUUCUUCCAAGUCCCCUUGAAUAUUGUCAAUGAGCUUUCGGAUGCGAUUGCGCAGGGAAAUUUCCUGGAUGGAGAGUGGGCGCCCUUAUGGGACGCCUUCGAGGAAUUUUAUCCCGACAAGCUGCCCGGUGCCAGGAUGAGGGCAGAAAGGGAGGCUGCAAGUCAGAGUGCUUCUCAGCAGGUGCCACCACCAACGCAACCGAGGGCAAUGAGGGAUACUGCGAAUCAUGGAGCGGGGCCUUCUCAGCAACCAACACCGUCAACGCGACCAAAGGCAAAGAAGCGUGCAAGAACUGCUCGACAGUCUCCUGAGCCGGAAGAACUUCCAUACGGCCCUUGGCUCACCCGUUGGGCUAUGAGUUUGGGCCCAGAAGACUUCACGUUCCCUGGAGAUUGCCCAUGGGCAUAUAAGAAAGUCGUUAAUCUGACCCACGAGGAACGGGUGGACAUUGCGAUGAAGUACCACAGCAAAGAGCUGACCGACAUUAUCGGGAGAAGGCAGUUCAACUGGUGCAAAGCAGCGCUUAGAUAUCAUGGCUUGAUUCGCUAG